CAUCAUCUUUCGGUCGUAUCGGUCCGCGGUGGCUGGCCAGGAGACUGAUGCUCUUCACGUCCGGGAAAAGACGAAACGCCCGAGAUGGACGCCUUCUGCUUUGACGGAUUAGGAAGUCAUUCCAACAUGUGAUCGUCACGCUGCGGCAAAAUUUGGCUUGGCCCAUCGUUUGUUACGAUAAAACCAAAAUAUCUUAUUCCCCCCCCAAAAGAAAUCCAAUUAUCACAAUGCAAUCCUCCGCUCAGCCCGGCAAGCCGCGGCGUUUUGACGUCAGCAGGCGGACCACGACCUACAUGGGACCAAAGUCUCGCAAUGCUCAGAAGGAGGAUAAAAACAUGAACACCGUCACCUCGUCCUCCCCCAGGCGGGUCACGAAACCUCCCGUGGUUGCCCCCAGGACCAGGCCGACGGCGCCGCCGCCUCGGGUUCCGCUUAGCCAAAGCAGGUUUGGUGCAAAACAAAGCUCCGUCUCCUUUAAAUCGGCAAAACCCAAACCCAAAAGUGUUCGCACGGGGGCGGCAGCGAACAAAAUGUCGCCUCCUCUUCCUCCGGCUCCUUCCGUUCUCCCUCUCGACCCAAACUGCAACGAGCCCAGCCUGCCUUGCCUGUGCUGCGACGGGCGCUCGCCGCAGGACAGCAACAGUAUGUUCAACCAUAACCACAACAACAACAACACCGUUUCUCUCCGGCACCAACUGCAGCUUCCCCCGCCGCCGCCGCUCGUGGUACCCCAGAGGAAAAACGAGGAACGGUCCCCCUCUGGAGAGAAACCGCAGCCUCCUCCCCAACCUGAAGAAGAAGCCGCUCUGGAUGACAAGAAAGACGUCAAAUCCGAGGAAGAGGACGACGAAAGCAGCAGCGGAGACAUCGACAUCGACGACGAGGACGACGGCGACCGCGACGACGAGGACGACGACGACACCCUAGUGCCCUCGUGCUGCGACUGCCCUCCCUCCCUGCUGGAGUUCUCGCUCUCCUCCUCCACCUCUUCGUCGUCCACUUCCAUUAGCUCCUGCUCCGAUCUGGAGUCCGACUGUGCCGAUCAAUACGCUCCUGAACAGCAAGAUCUGGUAUCGGCGUCAAUCAAAGAGUCUUCUCCGCAAUGCCAGGCGCCUGCACGUUCGCUCCCUUCCUUACCGAUCAGUCGCUGUCCCUUAACCUCUCACACGCCCGUUUCGUCCCCAGAUGAAGGUUACCCCUCAGCUCUGGACACGCCUUCUCCAGACUACUUGGGUGUUAAAGAUGAUCCCCAAGUCACCAAGAUGGGUUUGCUGGACUUUCUGGAAUCGGUGGGCGAGUUUGGGAAAAUGGAGCGUUUCAGUCAGGUGAUCCAGGUGGCCCGUUGGGAUUUGGAGGGCGAGCAGAAUUGGGAUGUCUUGAGAGAUCGCUUGGACCACUUGGAUCGCUUGGAGAAGGUCAACAGGGAAAUCAAACUGGCCUACGUUGCCAGACUCCACGAGAAGGGUUUUGAUCUGGGGGAUCUGGAGGAGCAGAACCUCUCCGACGUCAUGGAUGAAAUGGGCAACGUCGACAUGGGCUGGAAGCUCUACAAAAGCGGCGGAGGGUUCAUGGGAGAAUCUCAGGAGUUCUCAGACGCCGGCGUGGACCUGACGGCUCCGUCGGACAGCGACGAUCCUCCCGCUCCGGACUCCCUCACCCCCUCCCCCGCGGAGCCGCCUCCUCGACCCCCGAAACCUCCGGCCCGUCACGCCAGCGUCAACUCCGACCUCCACACCUACAUCAACAUCAGCCGGGAGACCACCUCCAUGGCCGUGUCCACCUCGCCCACCUUGUCCACCUUCUCGCCCAACUCUUCCUCUCCCACGUUCAGCACCUUUCGCUGCGAGAAACCUUUGCCCCUGUCCCCGCCGUCCAUCCCUCCCCUCCCUGCCUCCAAACCUGUCCAGUACCUGACUCUUUACACCGCCUCCUCUCCAUCCAUCGCCACCCCGACCCCUCCUAUCCCUCCACCUCGGAGGAGACACCUGGCCAGGAAGGAGGCCCAACGCCUCGCCGCCCUACAAGCGGAACAGGAAAAGACGCCGCUGUCUCUCCCGCCUCCGACCACACGCCCGCCGCCGUUGCCUCCUCCCCCGGCUAUAUCCUCCUCCCUGCCCCCUCCAGGUAUCCCCCCACCACCGCCGCCGGCGCUGCCUCCUCCUCCUUCCUUCCAUGCUCUGGAUGUGGAGAUCCGCAAGUUGCUGAUGCUCGCGGGGUUGACCCAGGCUGAGCUCCUCAAACUGAGCCCAGAAUUGGGUGACUGCGUCGGGGUGUUAGAGGAGGAAGAUGCGGGGAUUUGCUUAGCCGAAGAGUUCAGGGACUGUGAUCCCGAAAUGGUGGAAAAAGACAAAUGGAGUAGCAGAGAGAAGUCAGCUGGGGACGGAAGGGCAGACAUUCCCAGGGUGGGGAAGUCAGCGGAGGGCAAAGGGGUCCAGAGAACCACCUCGUUCUCCGAGAUGGCUCGAAGGCGGAAGAAAAGCAGCAUUUUGACGUCAGACACUUACUACAGCACCACUUUGAGUCACACGCAGGACACAAAAGCAAAAAACAUGAGCUUUGAGUCCCGCCAUUAUGCAGGUGAGGUGCUCGAUUCACCUCCCCCUCCUCCUCCACCUCGACCUUUACCACCAGUCCCACCAAGCGUGCCGCCCCUUAGGGUCAGCACACUCCUGGCUAACUCGGCACAGCCCGAGCGCUUCGAUUGGCUGAUCGCGUUCACACCCGAGGCCGAACUUCCGCCGCAACCCGCUCAACUAAGAAAAUUUCCUGUCGAAUCGGCAAAGAAGAACUCCCCGGUUCCAAAGGUCACCAGCUUCAAAGAGUUGCGUUACCGCAACAAAAGCAGCGCCCCUACGACUAAAGUGAUCACCGACCCGGACCCCGAUCCCUCGGUCAUCACCCCGGACCCCGACAUACUCUAUAACCUGAAGUGGAGACGGGAGAAGGAGGGCAGCGGAGGCAGUCAGUGGGAGUACACCUCUCAGGCCCAGGCCCUGUUCAUGCAACCGCCCCCGGCGCUCACCUCCAUGGCGGCCCUGAAGGAGAUGCUGCAGAGGGUGGACGAGGAAAGCGCGAGAGGUGACAAGCUAGGCUGUUCGCUCAGCGACAGCAGCCUGUGGACAACCGGCAGAGAGUGGGAGCGCCAAGAUGUGACGGUGAGGAAGGCGGACAAGGAGCGGCGGGAAGAAGAGGCGGAGGUGAGAGGACAGGCCGACGGAGGGAGGACACUUGAGUCAAGAAGCAUUGUUUCCUCUCCCCCACUGUCCCUUACCCAGCCCCCCCAGCCUUACUUCCUCCACGCUGCCCCUACUUCCCAUCCACAGGGCCACAUUCAUAUAAAUUCCAGGCCGGACGCCCACGUCGGCCGAGAGUCCUCAGACACGCUCGGAGACCCGAAGUGGGCUCAUGCUGACGCUGUGUUUGGCAACCAAUCCAGUGCUGAUUUUGUUUCUCCCAACCGUGGGAAGGGAUUAAAGCAAAAUACAGCAAAGCAAUUUCCCAAUGGUUGCAGAAUUGAUGACACGCUGGGCUCCCGCUGUAAUUUGGACUCUCUCUACUGCGGCGACAAGCCGAGCAUUGCAGACAUCCGUACAGCGGAUGUUCCUGAAUGCACCACCCCGUAUAAAAACAUGGACGUCAUGAUGACGCAUUCACGCGGCCCGCAAAAACCAGCAGACCGUAACGCUAACAACACCAGGAUGUCCAAAGAGCUCCCCCCUCUGCCCACCUAUUACCUGCACCGCUCCAAGCUUUGCCCACUGCACGGGGGCUCCCCUCCUCGCCUCUCCCCCAUCGGAGCCCUCUCGCCCCCUCAGCGCCCGGGACCGCUUCCUCUCGGCGCGGUGGGCUCCGGCCUCACCUCGCCUCUUUUCCCCCGCUCGCACACUCUUCCUACCCUUGCCGCCCCCAUCUACUACCCGCACCUGUAUCCCACAAUGCCCCUCUGUGCUCCCCCUCUGCCCCCAAAACUCUACCAGGGUUCCCGACAGCCACGCGUGGCCACUGUUCGCAGUGUGUCGUUCGCCGGAGCUGUGCAGAGAGGCGACACGUCCUGGAUGGGCGAAGAAAUGCCGCAUCCAAUGAGAGGACAGCGGCUCUCCUCUCUGCACCUGCUGGAAAAGAGAGCUCUCGUCAGUGCGGUCAGCGUGGCGGUCGAAGCCGUCUUGGCCCAGUUCAGUUCUUCUCGCACGGUGGUUCAAAAGGCCUUAUCAGGAGACAGCACCGUAAAUCCAUCUCUAGGCCGUCUGGUGCUGCAGUGCCUCUGCCCCGCCCUCCACGGCCUGCUGACGGACGGUCUAAAGCCCCACCAGAGUGACCUGAUCGCAGGCAGGAGGCCAAAUUCGGCCUGGAGCUUGGUUUUGGCUUCAACACGGCCAGGUCCUAAAACAAAAGCGCUGUUCAAUUUACAAGUUCGAGUUGGCGAGUUGCCGCAGCUAAAACAGAGCAAACAGCGCUUCAAUGCGUUCGUUCUGGGACUACUCAAUUCGAAGCAGCUCGAUUUCUGGGUGUCUCACCUUCACUCUAGCAGUGAUGUCUUGGACACAAACUACCGACCGUCCUCCUUCAUGCGGUUGUCGCUGAGCGUCUGCCAGCCCUUGUUCGACGAGCUGCUCCUCGUGCUGCAGCCUCUCAGCCUGCUCACCUUCAAUCUCGACCUGCUCUUCCAGCACCACCACCUGGAGCCCCACAGUCCCGCACCACAGGCGUGCAGUCCCCCCACUCAGAAUGCGGAACUCUCAACAAAGGCGAUCCGAUCCGAAAUUAGAGGUGGGAGAUAUAUGGAAAGCCUCUCGGAGGUUGACUUUACAGGAACCGGAGAUCAGGUAGAGGAUGAGGAUAAAGAUAGUCCUAAUACGGGGUGGUCCUUUAAUCUGGAUCACACAAGUCCACAGCUGCGGUGGGUUCAGGACAAGAGGAUUGGCGAACUACCUCCUCCAAACAUGGAGGAGGAAAGCCUCGCUCAGCAGGCCGGACAGGCGAUCCAGCAAGGGUGGGGCGCAGUGAUGCGGUGGGGAGGCCGACUGAGCCAGAACCUGGCCGAGCUCAACCCGGCCGCAGAGGCGAAGACCAGUCUGCCAAAUGGUCAGGCCCAGACACAAAGCGACUUUGCUCCAGUUAGCCCUGUCGCGCAGGUGCCAUGGAGUCUGGGUCGCCUCUUUGGCUCUACCUCUUCUAAAAGCCCAGAUAGCCCAUUGGGUCACGCAACACCAAGCAGGCGGCCCUCCCAGUGGUUGGCUCCCGGUGUCACAGCGCUGACUCGAUUAGUGAGCAGCACUUCUGCCCCGGUUUUAAGGAAGACCCCGGAACCGGUGGAAGGUAGUCACACUGUGCCGGAAAGAGCGUCUGACACUCCAGAGACGACAGACAAACCACACAGGUCUGUCCGAACGCUGUGCGACCACGCCGCCGGGGCGGGCGCCGAACUCAGCUUUCGCAAGGGGGAGGAGCUUGUCGUCUUGGGCGGCGUGGACCAAGACUGGAUCCGCUGUCGCCAGGGAGACAGAGAAGGGCUGGUACCUAUUGGCUACACCUCGCUCAUCAUGUGACACCGCAACAGCUGGACUCUGUGAAUUAAUGCCGGAAAAACAAAACAGUCAAAUUAUGUAUCGGAAUCCAUCGAGUAUGGUGGAGCAAAUGGAAUCAAUUCAUGAUCUUUAAACGAUAUAUCCCAUUAAAUGCCCAUCCUGCCCAGCGGGUCGAUCAGAUCAGCGACCGCCAACUGGUCGACACGCGUGACGGCGGCCGCUUUGGGAUUAUUGUCCCAGAACCUCCUAUUGCAUACGUGAUCAUGUCGUGAACUGUAGCUGUGUGUAGGUGUGUGUUUUAUUGCCCUUUCAACCCUAAACUCACCUUUUGCCACCUCCCGGCCACCUGGUUCAUAUGUGUUUGACAUUUUACUGCUGUAUAAAUAUACAUAAAUAUAUAUAUAUAUAAAAAACAAAUAUAUAGGUAUAUAUAUAUAUAUAUAUAUAUAAAGUGAGAUUGAUAUUGCAUUAAACACAGAGUAAAAAAAACGCACGCGGAUCCAUUCUCGAGUGGUCGUCACACAUACGUGUUUGAAAUCCAAUAACCUUCCUUCCCGCGUGCUUCACGUGUCGUCUCCAAAAAUCAAAUGCAUUUGCCGCUUUUCCUCAAAUAGCGGCCUCCUUUUUUUCUAGCUAGUGCAACAAAUGCUGCCGAGAUAGCUCCAAAUUCUAUUCUCCGAGACCAAUCAGUCUUUAAAUAAAGGUCGUCACUGUCA